AAGGCACGCACCGCUCUAUUCUACCGGACUGGCAUGCUGCUACAACUCACCACAGAGCCUGGACGGUAAAACAGACUGAAGAGCGCGCAAAUCCGAGGACGACAUGUCCAGAUGACUGGUGCGACAGUCGUCACUGCCCUGCAAGGCUAUCCACAUUGAAUGGGAACUCAGCGUGGCAAUAGCGUGCCCCGAAAACCAUUUCGUUGAGCUCAAGGCAAGCAAGGCUGCUUGAAACCUCCAGCGGGUAUCAACUCGACCUGGCAAGAUCCACAAACACUCGUGAACAUUGCGGUAGCGUGGAUUUUGUGAACAACGGAUCUGUGCUCACAGCAUUGGACCAUCAUCCGAACGAGUAAGCAUGAAAGCCAAUACAAGGUGGUUAGUGGUAUUCUUGAUAUGCUGCCUGGCAAGCAGCAUGUCUGAGGCUAAGAAGAAAUCCUCCAGCGGCGGUAGGAGCAAGACGAAAGAGAAGCCCAUCAUCUACCGCCUUCAGGUCACCGGUCAGGAGGAGUUUGUGCUCAGAAAGGACCAGAACCCGUGCUCCGUGCUGCUCAAGUACUGCACUGAGGUGGCCGAUCGCGCGCAGCUGGACUUUGCCACAGUGUUCGACCAGCUCUACAACACAGUGCUGGAUCAGCUGAUCAAGCUAUGGGACUCCCUGAAGGCGCACAAGGAUCUGAAGACCGACGAGACGCUGUUUGUACGCUGCGAGCCAGUGAGCAUAGCCGACGAGAUGGAGAGCAAGUUGAACACUCAGGCAAUGAAGGUCACCGCCGCAAGGCGGGCUAGUCGACACAAGAAGCUGCUCGGACUACUGACCAAGGCAGUUGAGCAGCGGGAUGCCAGCGCCCUGAAGGAGUUCAACACACAGCGACCGCUGUACAAGCUCACCGACCUGGAGCGCUUCGAGCUCUAUCGCAAGACGAUCGUCCUACUCCCGAGCAACGCCUUCAUGGUGGACCAGUUCGGGCUGGCGCUGAUGGCGAUCGGGCGCGGCGACCUCGCGCGACUGCUGUUCGAGAACGCCGUCCGUCGCGGCGUGUGGGGCCACGUCAUGCAGCGGCCCGUCUCCAAGUACGUGAAGAGCCUCAAGGCGCAGCCGUGGCACGACCCGACCGCCUACCCGUUCGUCGCCGAGCUGGAAGCGGCUGCGGACGUGAUCCGCGACGAGUACGACGCCGCCCGUCGCGAUCACCCGAACCUCUUCACCGAGGAGCAGGAGAACCUGCACGAAGGAGGCAACUGGACAGAGCUACGUCUCAAGUCGUCCGGCAACGGCUGGCUGGCGGACACGAACGCGCACUUUCCGGCGACGGUCGCGCACCUACGCGCCAUGCGGCAGGACUUCACCAGCGUCAAGUUCUCCAGCAUCCUGCCGGGCACGCACAUCCGGCCGCACACGGGACCGACAAACGAGCGCCUGCGCGUGCACCUGACGCUACACCAUCGCGGCGGCGCUCGCAUUCGCGUCGACGACGCCUGGCACACGUGGCCGCCGGGACGCGCCAUCGUCUUCGACGACUCCUGGGAGCACGAGGUGCGGAACGAGGGCGAGCACGAGCGCACGGUGCUCAUACUCGACGUGUGGCAUCCCGACCUGCCGCUAGACCAGCGUAUUGUACAUUGAUCCCUCGAUGCUCCGGCAUGCUCGAUGUGUGGCACUGGGACCUACCGCUCGAUCAGCGUUGUACAGUCAUGUACAUUGAUCCGACAUCACGGCCAUCAGUGAUGAUGUCAUGACUGUUCAGCCAUGAAUGUAAGAUGCACGCCGUACGAUCAGCGCACUGUACAUUGAUGCAGUGCUCCGGCAUACUCGACGUGUGGCAUUCUGACCUGCCGCUUGAUCAGCAUCGUGUGCACCGAUCCCUGGAUGCAUGGCAUGAUGGGGCGACAUUGUGUCUAGCGAUGUCAUCAUGACUGCUCAGUGCUCAGCUACUGAUGUAUGAUACACGUCUAAGUCGGACCGGUUCUAUACUGGGACCAGCAGAACAUCACUCCUUGGUACUAGCUAACUUGCAGUGCCCGGGAAACAACUACAGUCGAGUACUAGUAUUCGUCAGGGAGAGGUAUUUUACGACUCCCAAGAAUCCAUCAAACUUCAUCUGAACUUCAAAUCAACUGGCGAUCGUGAGAUACUAAAAGCUAAUAUUUUCUCAACUAGAGUUUUUAUAGAAGCCGGUCGAUGGAUGUGUGUACUCACUAUGUGGCUACAGUAUAGGUCUCCACCAACGUCUGUUGAAGUGUUCUGUCUUCACUCACAGUGUUUCAGUGUUGUAGACUUCAGCAACUGGCGAUUAAUUAAGUCGACACGUGUAUGUGUGUGUGUGUGUGUGUGUGUGUGUGUGUGUGCUCGUCUGCCCCUUAUGGGGCCACAUAGCCAGUCAUGGCAGUGGAAGAAGGAAUGUGUGUGUGUGUGUGUGUGUCAGCUAGUUCGGUUGGUGGGUACACGUAUGCCUGAUUGUGUUAGGUCUGUUGCCAACGGGCUCGGCUACUUGAAGGUGUAAUGUUGUACCUGCCACCUUUGUUGGUUUCAGGGUUCAUAUACUUUCUAUUUGAAGUAUACAUACCUGUUACCUGUUACCCAUGGA